CAAUUAUAAUUAUCGGUACAGCCAAACUGAUCAAUCAGCAAUUACCAACCCCAACUUCGGAGUGGAAAAGUCGAGAACGUGUGAUGCACGGAAGAUGGGUGUGAUUGUUCAGCAGCGCUGACAUAAUCCGAGAUCGCGUCAUCUCUUGUCGGACGGCGACUCGCUGCCUCAUAUGAUUUAGCCCGCCGCCUCAGUGGAAGGCCUCGGUAUAUAAAUCAAUUGCCCCUCUUAUGCUCUAAGUAUUAAUUUUCUCCAUCUAUCCUCUCAAUCAUCCAUGAGCUUGUAUCGCAUCCCACGCACAGUUCAGACCCUGCGCCCAAUUCUAUCACCGAUCACCCGAACUACCAGAUUCCAAAGCACAAUGACCACCGCCGCAUUCAAGUACAUCGACCCGACUUCCUUCGAUCCGAACGCGACAGAAGCCUUCAAGAAGCCUUGGGGGAAAGUAGAUGGCCCAGGCUACUCGUUCUCCCUUAUUGAUCACGAGCGUCAGGUCGAGAACCUGAGAGGACAAGAAGCAAACUUCAACACCGAUACGGCUGGAUUCGCAGUAUACCACAAGCCAUCAAAAGAGAAGGACUUUACAGACGACAAGGCUGUUCGCGAAGGAUAUUACCAAGAGGUGGAGCAGGCUCUGAGAGAGAAGCUGCCUGGAAUCAAGAAGGUUGUCAUCUUCGACCACACAAUCAGACGUAGAGAAAAAGCCUCGCCUCGUCAGCCUGUCCAGCAGGUCCAUGUAGACCAGACACCUCGCGCUGCUGAGAUCCGAGUACGUCGUCACUUGCCUGAAGAGGAAGCCGAGGAACUGCUCAAGGGUCGCUACCAGAUCAUCAAUGUCUGGCGACCCAUUGGCCACAACGCUAGUGAUUUCCCUCUUGCUGUCAUUGAUUGGCGCACGACAACAGAGAAGGACUUCGUCAAGGUGGAUCUAUUGUACCCCAAGCGCAACGACACAGACAACGACGACCGCGGAAAGGAGGUUCUACCGGAUUCCACCUCGAUGACCUCCACUGAAGGGUAUGAACCCAAGGGCGAGACCUAUGCUGUUGCUCCUUCCGACAAACACAAGUUCUACUACAUGAAGGAUAUGACGCCCGACGAGCUUAUGCUUCUCAAGUGCUUCGACAGCAGAAGUGAAUGGUCGCCCAACAGCACCAAGGGACUCGCUCACGGCACUCCGCAUACUGCCUUUGUUGACCCUCAGACCCCGGCAGAUGCUCCUGGCAGACAGAGCAUUGAGGUCAGAUGCUUGGUAUUCUACGACUAAUUGAUGCCGCGGCAGGCAACCGACAAUCUGCAUAAGAGGAGCUUGCGAUUUCAAAUAUGACACGGCACGAAGAUUAUGAUUAUGCUUAUUCAAUUGUCUUUGCGGUAUGUGCGUACGUUCAACUGUCGGUAGAUAGUUUGCUCAAUAAUGAACCCACAAAAUGUUUCGCCC